CGAGCUUCAUAAGGAUGAAAAGCGAGUUGGAUAGCCCAUCUGUUCUCUGUUCACGCAAUCGGGGUUGGCAAAGAGAAUCGAUAACCUAGCCAAAUCUCCGAGAUUUCCUUUGACCUCCUAUCCGAUAUCAAGCUUCCUGAAGCUCCACACUCCUUCACUAACAUUCUUUCCUCCGUGGCCGACUUACCAUGGUAGCCUCCGUCCGCAUACCGACCACACCAACGAUACGGCAUCUCCUCCCCCAACCGCUCUGGAACCCCCGAAUCUGUCAACGGCGGUGGGCUCGUGUCCAAGACGUCCGCUUUCUUGCAACCCAUGGGACGCAAGAGCGUAUACUGGCCAAAUACAAAGACAAACUAGAAUCAAAAGCAAAAGAAGAAGGCCUUAAGGACAUCUCACAACUAAAAGAAGCGUAUAAAGACAAGAUAGAAAGACUCCGCAAACAAGCCGCAGCCCCAGGCGAAACCGCACCGCUCACACCUCCACCACCACCACCCACACUGUCACCCACAAUCUCCUCGAGUCAGCCAUUCCACCCACCAUCACCUCCUCCAACACCUCAAUCCCCCACAUCAACCCCACCACCACCACCACCCGGAGUAAAAACCCUCCAAUCCUUCCUCACUCUCUCCAAAAUCUUCCCACUCCCCGCCAAAGAAAUCCAAACCCUCUGGCGCCUCCGGCAUGCCUCAAACCCGCAAUCCCUGCACUUCUCCCUCCCCUCUUCAACAUUCUCCUCACUCCUACAGAACGCAAAAAAACACCCCUCCUUUGUCCUCCCCCUCCCUCGGCAAAUCUCCACCAAUAUCACAACAUCCACCUCCUCAGAAACCCCACCAUCUCCCCCCCAGGCGGCCGAACUUCACUUCCUCCAGUUCGCCCACCCGCACCCCUUCACCACAACCCUCCUCUUUGCUUCCCUUGCCGAAUACAAGCUCCGGGGAGAAUACGCCAGCCCUCACACAACCAUAACCUUCCAUUCCGAGCUCGCAGACUCGCACGAUCUCGUCCUCGGGCAGGGAACCGUCGUCGCAAACCGGGGCGUCAGUGUGGACGAAGCGCGAUGGCUGGUUAUGUGUAUGCAGAAGUUCUAUGUUGUGGGAGCGGAAGGGAGAGGGAGAGGGGAGCUAUUGGAGAUGUUUACGCGAGGGGAUGGCAGGUUUCGGGUUGAGCAGUUGUUAGAAGAGGCAGAGAAAUUAGUGUGAUGUAAGGGGUUCAUUAUAUGAAGGGAUCUGGGGAGUAGACUCCAUGUAUAACAGGGAAAUUCAGGUGUAUGGUUUUAGGAUAUGU